UGGCGGCGGUGGUGGUCGCUUGUUUAUUGAGGUGUAGGAUGUCUUGGCUGAAACCAAGAAAACAAAGUUGAUGGAUAGGACGCCGCUUGAGAUGUAAUUGGUGAUGGCAUCGAAAGAUGAGAAGCAACAAUUACCUACUUAGGUGUACAGUACGGGAGUAUCUGACCUCAUGGACCAAUGGGCGUUCUCGUAGACGCAUCUCUCCCAAUCAGCAAUCAGGCCUACAGUGUACGUAUCUGAAUACGUACAAAUACGCACUAAAAGGGGGCAUGCAGGAAUAUCAGGGUCUACGUCAUAAGCAAGCACGAGGCGGGAGGAUCUUACGCGCUCGUACUGUACAAAGUACGGACCUUCCGUCAUUCCUCCCCGUGCCUUCUUCCCUGACUGUGAGUCCCUUCCCCGUCGUCUGUCGUCCCUUCCCCCCUUCCCUCCCCUGCCAGACCCUCUUUCCUUGCGUGCCGGCACAGACCUGUUCCUGGCUGGUGCCCCCCGCUGUCGUCAAUGCUGGGUGCCCAGUGCUCGAUAUUUAGGUAGUUUACUCCGUACUCACUGCGGCCACUCUCCACUUAGUCAGCAAGCACGCACUGUCCCGCACUCUGGACGGUACACUACCCACCCCGUCGCACCCAGCUCGCCCUACUUUGAUG